CUGACCGUGUUUUGCUACAGGAAACAAAUCAGAAAGAGGAAAAGAGAGUGAAAACACUGCAAGCGACGUGUUGUUGUCGCGGUUUUGACUACUCUUCCUUGUCAGUGGACGUCAAAUAAGCGUUGAUUCGACUGGAAUCCUGUUCCAAGGUAGAAACGAACACGGGGAAAGAGACUAAAGGUGUUUAUUUGUAUCUGGUUCAUGCUGCCUGGUUUUACGAGGUCUGCACUCUAUGCAGAAUGAACGUUGACUGGCCCGAUGUGCUUAUCGAUUUGCUAAAAUAAGGUGAGAUUUCUCAUUUUGAAACGACGGGUGCCUGUGGAAAAUUAUAGACAGAAUGUGCUUAUCGUAUGGGAGACUGAAAUGCAAAGAGACGUUUUGUGUAUUUAAAUGAUUUAUCGAAUUUGAACAAGCCCCCUGUAGUUAUUCAACUGGAUAAAGCCGUAUGAGUGGCUGAUUGUCCUUACUUAGGGGGAAACCGCGAACAAGAAUAAUUAGUCGCCCUCUUUACAUAAAACGGACUUAAAAACACAACAAACAGGCCCUUGUGGCUUAUUUCGAUUAAACGACGACAAUGCCCUUGUUGACGAUUCGGAUACUGGUGCUUGGAUUGUGUAUAUUACAACAUGGUGCUGUUGGACAAGGACAAUCUACUCCGGCAACAUGCUCGCCGCUUUGCCGCUGCGAUGAAGACGGAGGUGCGGAUUGCUCUGGAAGGGGACUGACUGCCGUCCCGAGCGGACUCAGCGCAUUUACUUAUUAUCUUGACCUCAGCAUGAACAACAUCACAGAACUGCCCGCAAAUGUCUUCAGAAAUCUGCCCUACCUUGAGGAACUGCGAUUAGCUGGUAAUGACCUCUCUUACAUCCACCCUGAGGCGCUGUCUGGCCUUCACCAGCUUAAAGUACUAAUGCUUCAGAAUAACCAGCUGAGGACUGUCCCCAGUGCUGCUCUCCGGAACCUCCAAGCUCUGCAGUCUCUACGGUUAGAUGCUAACCACAUCACGCUGGUACCCGACAACAGUUUUGAGGGUCUGCAGCAGCUGCGGCAUCUGUGGCUAGAUGACAAUAACCUGACCGAGGUGCCCAUCGUGCCUCUGCGUCACCAGGGCAACCUGCAGGCCCUGACGCUGGCGCUCAACCGCAUCACGCGCAUCCCCGAUAGCGCCUUCGCUAACCUCUCCAGCCUGGUCGUGCUACACCUACACAACAACAGGAUCCAGGAGAUGGGGAAGAACUGUUUUGCCGGCCUGGAGAAUCUAGAGACACUAGACCUCAACUUUAACAACUUGAAAACCUUCCCUGAAGCCAUUCAGAGUUUACCCAAGCUAAAAGAACUUGGAUUUCACAGCAAUAAUAUAGCUGAGAUUCCAGAAGGUGCUUUCCAUAGGAACCCAUUGCUUCGAACAAUUCACCUCUACGACAACCCCCUCUCCUUCGUGGGAAUCACUGCCUUUCAGAACUUGUCCGACUUACAUUCUCUGAUACUGCGAGGUGCCAGUAUGAUGAAAGACUUUCCGAGCCUCACUGGAACAGUCAACUUGGAGAGUCUGACCCUGACGGGCACUAAGAUCAGGAGCCUUCCCGCUGAGUUGUGCGAUGACCUGGGACUUCUACGCACUCUAGAUCUGUCCUAUAAUGAGAUAGAAGAGGUGCCAUCAUUUCAGGGCUGUGGGAGAUUACAGGACAUAAGCCUGCAGCACAACCAAAUUAAACAGAUAGAGAGAGACACUUUCCAGGGUCUGUCAGCUCUCCGGGUUCUGGAUCUCAGCAGAAAUCAGAUCAAAUUCAUCCACGAAGACGCUUUUCUGUCACUCAGUGGACUAACUAACAUGGAUUUAAGUCUUAACUCCCUGGUCAGUGUACCCACAGCUGGACUGAGUUCUCUGAACCAGCUGAAACUAAGUGGAAACCUCGAUAUGAAAAACACCCUGGUGGCCAAAAGUCUGCCCAAACUCAGGUCGAUCUCGGUGCCCUACGCUUACCAAUGCUGCGCUUUCACGGCCCGUGAUGGUCCGGGCAGCUCAGCGGGUGAGGAGGACAAGAGCAAAGCCACAGGUGAGGAUGAAGACAUGGACAGGAUGCCUCUCGUUGUCCACUGCUCUCCCUCUCCAGGAGCAUUCAAACCGUGUGACUACCUGCUGGGAAGCUGGAUGAUCAGGCUGACAGUGUGGUUUAUCUGCCUGGCUGCUCUCAUCUUUAACUCCCUGGUCCUGGCAGCGACCUUCUCCUCACGCUCGUCUCCUUGCGCCCCCUCCCGUCUCCUGGUGGGGCUUUUGGCUUGCUCCAACCUGCUUACGGGGGUUUAUGUAGCGGCUCUGUCCAUACUGGAUGCUUCCACCUGGGGCACGUUUGCCGAGUAUGGCGUGUGGUGGGAGACCGGGGCCGGCUGCCAGGCGCUGGGAGUUUUGGCCAUGUUCUCGUCCGAGUGGUCGGUCCUGCUGCUGGCGUUGGCCGCCGUGGAGCGUAGCAUGGCCGUCCGGGCCCUGCUCGGGAAAGCGGGACCCCUGAGGAUGGGCGGAGAGCGAAGGGAGGAGAGGAGGCGUUUCGGGGUGGCCGCCCUGCUGCUGGGGGUGCUGGCCGCGGGCGCCGCCUCUUUGACUCUCACCCACGGCGCCGCAGCAGGAUCCCCUCUCUGCCUGCCUUUCUCCGGAGGCCUGGGCCCAGGGCUGGGAGUCACCGUGGCCCUGAUCCUGCUCAAUAAGUUGGCCUACCUGCUGUCUGCGGUGGUCUACACGAGGCUGUACUGCAGUCUCGGCCGCGCCCAGCUGGCAGAUCCAGAACAGGCCGGGGCCGUCCGCCACGUGGCCUGGCUGAUCUUCACCAACUGCAUCUUCUUCUGCCCCGUGGCGGCGUUCACGUUCGCUCCGCUGCUGGCCGGCGCCGGGAGCGUGGGCGGGCCCGAGAUGGCCAAAUCCGUCAUUCUGAUUUUCUUCCCGCUGUCCGCCUGCCUCAACCCGGUGCUGUACGUGUGCUUCAGCCCCGUCUUCCGACACGACUGGCACCGCCUCCGGGGCGGGAACGGAGGCGGGGCCUGCGGCGCGCGCGGGGGCAAGGCGGUCGCCGUGACGACAGACAUCGGAGGCGCGGCGGCCGCGGCGGGGGCGGGGUCCUCCGGCCAGCUGGGUUAUGACUGCGGGCUGUACACGCAGCUCCACGGGGAGGUCGGGGGCGUGUGCGAGCGCUGCGAGGCAGCCCUCCUCGCCAGGACCUCCUCGUCCUCCGCCUCUUCCUCUUCCUCCGCCUGCAGACACUUAGUGAAGUCACACAGCUGCCCCACGCUGGCGGCAAGCCGACCCCCGGCCGCCCGCUCGGAGGGCUACUGGGCGGACAGCGGGACCCCCUCGGCGCAGUCGGAGUACGCCGACGAGGGGGACUCGUUCGUGUCGGACAGCUCGGAGCAGGUUCAGGCCUGCGGACGCGCGUGUUUCUGCCAGAGCCGUGGUCUGCCCCUCGUCCAGUACUCCUACAACAUCCCCCGCAUCAAAGACUGAGAGUGUGCCAACCGCCCACUCACUCCCUCACCCGCUCACACGGUCUGUAGUGUUACACAGAGAGUGUCUUCCCCCAGGGCAACUAGAGCCCACUUUACAGGGAAAACAAUGAGCAUUAUUGGGACGCGGCCUGAGAGACACAGACACCUAAGCAGUCAGGUAGCACUUUUGUCUAAACAUUGACGUCUGUUUGUGUGCGUGUGUGUGCCAGGAUUUGUACAGACUGAUGCCACCAAUGAAAAAAAAAAAACAAAAAGGGAAUCUGACAAUAACAGCAAAGAUUCUCUGAGCCACAUGUUGUCAGCAAACACGUUUUCUUUUUUUCUUUUUAUUUUCUUUCGUUCUUUCUUUCUUUCUCUUCUGUGUUUGCCUCUUUCUCUUUGUCACUUCAAAUUCUUCACACAAAACUGACUGCCAGCCUUCCCAUUUAACUAGAGACUUCACCACCAGUGCCUGCAGCUGGAUUUGGUA